GAAGCCGAGGCCAAGGCCGAAGACGGAGCGCCGCGCCCGCCGGCGACCUUCGAGGGCCGCCUCAAACUGGCCAAGCUCAUGUUUGCCGGCGGCGGCAGCGGCUCACCCGACCAGCGACGGAGUCCGCGCCUGGCGUCGCAGCUGCCGUCCGCCGGGGCCCGCACAUCAUCAGGCCCGCGAGGGGCGGACACCAGCGCCGCCGCCGCCUCGUCGCCUCGGAAGCGGCGAGCGACAUCACCACCAGCAUCACCCGCCGGCAAGAAACCCCGCAGACCCCUUGCCCGCACUCCAAGCACCGUCAGCAGCAGCAGCAGCAAGUACGCGUCACCCUCAACAUACUCGCACCUGCCACUGCUGCCCGACGCACUCGCACCACACCUGCUAGUCCUCUUCAUCGGGCUGAACCCGGGCCUGGAGACCGCACGGUCGGGACACGCGUACGCGCACCCGACGAACCUGUUCUGGCGGCUGCUGCACCACAGCGGGACCACACCGGUGCUGUGCGCUCCUACCGAAGACCGUAGCCUGCCGGCGCGGUUCGCGCUGGGCCUGACCAACAUCGUCGCGCGGCCGUCGCGCAACGGUGCCGAGCUGUCGCGGGGCGAGAUGGACGCCGGCGUCGCGGCGCUCGAGGCUAAGGCGCGGCGCUGGCGGCCCGAGGCCGUGUGUGUCGUUGGCAAGAGCAUCUGGGAGAGCCUGUGGCGCGUGAGGCAUGGUGGGAGGGGGAUCAAGAAGGAUGAGUUUAGGUAUGGCUGGCAGGACGAGGGGGAGAAUAUGGGUGUUGCUGCUGCUGCUGCUGCUGCUGCUGCUGGGGAUGGAGGGAGGGAGGAAGACGUGGAGGGCGUGGAUUAUGCUCGCCCGUGGAACGGCGCCAUGGUGUUUGUGGCGCCCAGCACCAGCGGGCUGGCGGCGACCAUGAAGCUGGCCGAGAAGGAAGAGGUCUGGCGCGGGCUGGGCGAGUGGGUUGUCAAGCGGAGGGCUGAGAGGGAGGCU